GUCUGAGUUGGAAGACGUGGUCAGUGACCAUACCGUAAAUUGCAACUACAUCGGAAGGGUGAGAGAACACAAGUAGAAAGAUUCUAACCCGCUGAUAGGGGCCGAAAAUUCACUUAACAUCUUAAGACCGGAUCAAGGAGUGAGUUAAAGACGACGGUUUUAAUAAGUUUUCCGAACAAGGGUCAAACAAAUUCCUGUGCCGGUCGACCCGGGGUUGGAUCAUCCCAACGAACGGUUGGGGUAGUUGCUGAUAUGGUUUCAGUGUUCAAUCUUCAAUCAACAGCGUCAAGGCGAGUAAGCAUGGCCAAUUUAUAUGAACCAGCGGGAAGAAUUUACGCUGCUCAUCCGGACUAUACAAGACCAUACGGGACUGUUCGAAUUUACAGUGGAGCAGCUUAAAAUAAAAUGGGCAAACUUGACCAGGAAGUACAAGCUACUUAUCACUCCUCCCGCUGGAGGUGCCACGGAGAAUGGUGAGACAACACCAGGCGGUUGGGGAUAUUUCGAUCUACUCCACGAAUUCAUGUCAUCACAACACACCAUCAAUCCUUCGAUUGUUAUCAACAGCUGUGGAAUUGUAGUGGAGAAUUCCAAUAACAAUUUUCCCAAUGAUGACGAGUUACAUGUGGCGGGGCCGUCCGAUGUUCAUCCAGAUGGAUCUAAUGUUUCAAGUCCUGAGACAGCAACGCAGAGUGCAGAAAGUAUGGCUGAACAAUCCAACAGGAAACGGAAGCGAAACCGAUGUACACAGCAGGACACGUUUGAAUUUUUUGUCGAAGAGUCGAAGAGGGAAAAAAUGAAGGAAGAAAGUUCUUUACGCUACCGAAGUCUAUUGCCGGAGCUCAAAACAUCGUGUUGCUAAACAUGGACUCAAAUUCCUCCAACUCAGA